AUGUCUCUUUACGAUUUGAUCAUCAAAAAUGGUAUUGUCUGCACGGCGAGCGACGUAUUUCCAGCUUGUAUUGGCAUAAAAGAUGGUAAAAUCAGUUCAAUUGCGGGGAAUCUGGAAGACCAUUUGGCUUUGGAGAUCAUUGAUGCCGAGGGUGCCUUGAUAACACCGGGAGGCAUUGAUGCUCAUGUGCAUGUUGACGAAAGGUUGAAAUUGCUCGGCGAAGUUGCCGACACGAUGGGUGAUGCGACAAGAUCCGCAGUGGCUGGAGGUACAACGACUCUUGUUGCUUUUGCUACUCAGGACACCUCAUUAACAGGACCAAAGGCUCUUUCUGAUUCGGUAAAAUUAACGAUCGAAGACUACGUAUCUCAAAAACUGUACUGCGAUUAUGCCUUGCAUUUGAUUUUAUUCAGUGUGGAAAAAUCAUCUGUUACUGGCAAAAAUAUACUCGACGUCCAAUUGCAAAACGUUUAUCAGGACUAUGGUGUGACCAGUGUGAAAGUAUUCAUGACUUAUCCCGGAUUGCAGUUAUCCGACUAUGACAUUUUGACGGUAAUGUACGCGACUCGGAAAAAUGGCUUCACCACCAUGAUUCAUGCAGAAAACGGCGACGUAAUCAAGUGGCUCAUAGAAGAUCUUGAAAAUAAAGGUCUGGUGCAACCUUAUCACCAUGGCGUUUCCAGACCCACGAUCCUGGAAGGCGAGGCUACAAAUAGAGCCAUUACAUUGGCGCAGACUAUGGAUACGCCUAUCUUGUUUGUACAUGUCUCUGCUCCCGAGGCAGUAGACGUGAUCCGGCGAGGACAAACCAGAGGAAUGAAGAUUUUUGCCGAAACUUGCCCGCAAUACGCACUUUUGUCAGAGGAAGAUACUCGAUGCCAUCAUGGAGUGUCUCAAGGCAACGAAGAAGAUCCGGAUCAAUUCAUAGGCGCAAAAGACAUCUGUUCACCUCCUCUUCGUAAAGCCGCUUGUCAGGACACAAUCUGGAACGCAAUGGACAAUGGCACUUUCACGAUCGUUGGUUCAGAUCACUGUCCAUAUCUUUAUUACGACAAACUGUCGAAUGCUUCCAAACAUAGAGCUUUUUCUGACACUAAAAACGGUGAGUUUCGUUACAUCCCCAACGGUAUGCCAGGUGUUGGGACAAGACUCCCACUUCUCUAUUCUUAUGGUUUACUGCAAAGGCGCUUGUCAAACGUGACAAAAUUCGUGGAAGUAAACUGUACCAAUCCGGCAAAGUUAUAUGGGCUUUACCCUCAAAAGGGCUCUCUUCUCCCAGGAGUGAGCGAUGCGGACUUGGUUAUUUGGUACCCAGAUAAUGCUAAAAAAUCGUUUGCCUCUAAACCCAAGGUAAUUUCUAAUAAACUUUUGAAUCACAAGUGCGACUACACACCUUUCGAAGGGUUUGAGAUAUCAAAUUGGCCACGUUACACAGUUGUGAAGGGGAAAAUCGUUUAUCAAGAAGGAAAGUUUCUCGAUAAUGCUACGGGGACGUAUUUGAAGAGAAUGCCCAGUGAAAUGUGUGCACCUAGGGACAGAUGGCCAUAUCCCGAGCUACGCCCUGGUUAUGUACCUUCUUGA